AUGGAUGAAACGAUUGCGGAUAUUAUACUUGAGCCAGAUAAUUUACUUACCAAAGUAAUACGAUAUGGCUUAUAUUUCGGAGCAUUAUUUCAAAUUGUUUGUAUUGGAGCUGUAAUUUUCAUCACGGAUACUUCAAAGAAUCCUCCAGAUUACUCAGAUACUGAAUCUGAAGCUUCUCCACAGCUAACCCCUAAACGAUCUCACCACCGAAGAUCUGAUUGA